AUGAAUACGGGGCAACAGCAAGCUCGCAGUGUGAAGCCGGUCAUCUUCCAUUCACAUCCCGCGCCCGAAGGCGAGAAGCGCGCCCUGGCGACAGAGGCUUUCCAGCCUGUCAUUGAAACCCUAGAGCGAAUGGAGCAGGAAGACCCGAAGCUGGCUACCCAAGCUGCGCGUCUUGUGGGGCUCUAUCGGCGCCUGUGGGAGUCGUGCAUUUCCAAGCACCAUGCCGGCCAAAUUCUUCCAGCGGAUAACAACGAGCUGCGUAUCACUAACACCCAAAUGUUUCGGGAAAUAGAGUACCUCAAACAGCAGCAGAACAACCAGAUCGCGCGCUUGACCCUUUUUGAAGAGGCCCUUGGCAAAGUCCGAGAAGGGAUCGUUGGCGUCCUUAAAGACUGGGAUGGCAGUUCCGAAGAAGCCACAUCGGUUUCGUGGGAAGGGGCACCUCUAGGUGGUGGGCUGCUGGAAGAGGCGUGGCAGGUCCUCACCGCAUGGGUGACUGGGCCGACUGCGCAAAGUAACAGGAAUGGUAUUGAAGCGAUCCUCAAUGAAGCACUCGACUGGGAAAGGAGAGGUGGAGCGACCUGUGAAGUAGAGAAAACAGCCAUUACACAUUUCGCUCCCAAGGCUGGCAAAGUUGACCAGGAGCCUUUCAUCAUCAAGGGACAAACCGUUGAACCCAAAGGCUAUGUCAAGAUUCUUGGUAUCAUAAUGGAUACGAGACUCAAAUACAAGAAACACAUCGCGAGAGCAGCAUCCAAGGGCCUGGAGGAAGCGAUGGAGCUUCGACGACUCUGCGGUCUAUCCCCAGCACCGGCGCGGCAGCUCUUCACAGCCACCAUGGCCCCGGCGGUGGAGUAUGCCUCCAAUUUCUGGAUGCACGCUUUCAAGAAUAAGAUCAUCGGGCCGAUCAACAGAGUGCAGAGGGUAGGAGCGCAAGGGAUUGUCGGGAUAUUCCUCACAGUUGCGACCAGCGUAGCGGAAGCGGAGGCUCACAUCGCCACGGUGCAACGCCGGCUCUGGAGACGAGCUGCGAAGAUGUGGACGGACAUGCACACUUUACCGGUGACCAAUCCUCUCCGCAGGAGUACAGCUCAGAUCAACAAAUUCAGAGGAUACCAACUUUCGCGAUUGUACCAGGUCGCAGACGCGCUGAAAAGCAUCGAGAUGGAAUCCCUGGAGACCAUCAAUCCAUUCACAUUGGCACCAUGGGAGGAACGUGUGCAGGGCGAUGGUCAGGAUUUACCAGAGACACAGACCGAAGCGAGCGGGGUUAUGCGGAUCGCGGUCAGCAGUUCGGCGCGGAAUAAGACAGUAGCAUUUGGCGUGGCGGUUGAGAAGCGGCCACUCGGUACCGAAAACCGAGGCUGA